UCUUUCCCUCAGCCUGUCAUGUUUCCUAAUGAUGGGCCAUAACUUUGUCUCCGAUCUCUUGGUUCUUCCUCUCACCAUGAGAGAUCUUGCCGGUUGCUUGGCGAACCAAGCUGUCAGAGUUGCAGAAGCCACAUGCUCGGUGAACGGGCACUCGUCGGUGGCCGAACAAAGCCCGGUUCAGAACACCAUCACUUGCUUCUACAGAACCACCCUCUCCACCCGGAGGGAGCUGCUCACCGGCGUCACCUGGUCCAAGUACCCAGCCGGCGCAUCCCUCUCUGUCAUGGUCGAAGACAGCUCCUCCUCCUCGUCCUUCUCCGGUACUCUGAUCAAGCCCAAUGUCGUGAAUUCCCAGCUCCUGCGGAAGAAGAAAGGCAGCCGGUCGUUCGUAGUCGGCAACUCGGCCGUCAGCCUUUACUGGGACGUCUCCGCCGCCACCUAUGAGUCGGCGCCUGAGCCCACCAGGGGUUUCUUCGUCGUGAUGAUCGCCGACGCGGAGUUCGGUCUGCUGCUCGGUGAUAUGUGCGGGGAGUUCGUCAAAAAGCUGGAGAACCCGCCACCGAUCGCAAAGUUCUUCAUGUCGAGCAGGAGAGAGCAGGUGCGCGGCACCACUCUCUACGCCACCAGGGCUCAGCUCGGCGACGGGGGGAAGCAGCACGAGAUAACGAUCAGGUGCAAGGGAGACGAGCUGGACGCCGAGGGCUCGGAGAUCUUCAUCUCCGUCGACAAGAAGAAGCUGGUCAGCGUGAAGACACCGACAUGGAACUUCCGAGGGAACCAGACAAUAUUCGUGGACGGAUUGGCCGUCGACGUGCUGUGGGACGUGCACGACUGGUGGUUCUGCGAAGCCUCCCACUGCGCUCGCUUCAUGUUCUGGCGGAGGAGCACGUCGGAGAUCAGGCUGUGGUCGGACGAGGAACUGGCGCCGAACAUCUCUGGGUUCUCUCUAUUGAUCCAAGCCUUCAAGAGCCAAUGAUUCUGAUACAUGUUCGGCCUCUUACUUCUCUAUUAUUGCUUCUCUGCUAAGAGUUGCUUGAUCACAGAUUUGGUUGGUGAGCACAUUAUGUUCUCUUCUCCCAUAUCAAACAGGAUGAAUCAUAACUCAGAAUAAGGCUAGAAAACAUUUCUUUA